AUGGGAAUUUAUAAGUAUGAACGGGAAAAAACGGAAAACUUUGUUUGGGCUAAAUUCGAUAAGAAAACAAUUGGCGUUGGAGUGAAGUGUCGUGACAACGCUAUUAAUUGUAUGAAAAAAACUUGGAUGGUUUAUUUUACGUACAAUGGCGUUAAAAUCGGUUCUAGUUUGGAGUACGAAAAUGAGGGUGCCUUAGUGCCAUCAAUUUCGUUGGCUGGUCCACAAGCAACCUUCGAAGCAAACUUUGGAGAGAAGCCAUUUAUGUUUAAGAAGUGA